UCCAAGAUGGAGCCUCUCACAGCCUACCCUCUGAGAUGUUCAGGGCCCAAAGCAAAGGUACUUGCAGUUUUGCUGUCUAUGGUUCUAUGUACAGUAAUGCUAUUUCUUCUACAACUAAAAUUCCUAAAACCUAAAAUCAACAGCUUUUAUACCUUUGAAGUGAAAGAUGCAAAUGGAAGAACGGUUUCUCUGGAAAAGUUUAAAGGCAAAGUUGCCCUAGUUGUAAACGUGGCUAGUGACUGCCAACUCACAGACAGAAAUUACUUAGCACUGCAGGAACUGCACAAAGAGUUUGGACCAUUCCACUUCAGCGUCUUGGCUUUUCCAUGCAAUCAGUUUGGAGAAUCGGAGCCCCGCCCCAGCAAGGAAGUAGUAUCUUUUGCAAGAAGUAACUUCGGAGUAACAUUCCCCAUCUUCCACAAGAUUAAGAUUCUAGGACCUGAAGCAGAACCUGCAUUUAGAUUUCUUAUUGGUUCCUCUCUUCCUCCACCCUUACCUGUACUGAUCCUCAGGAUUCUGCCACGUCCGCAUGGGCUCUCCUUACUCUGUCCCCUUUUCCUGGGUGAGCUCUCGCUCCUAAUCUCCAAAGCCUGCUCUGAUUGGGUGUCCCACAUAACCUGAAUCCUCUCAUGUACAAAAAUGAAUUUGUCACCUUUCUUCUAAAAUCUGCCUGCUUUGCUAUGUCCCCUGCUUUGAGAGCACAAGCUCUGCAAAUAGGAAGGUCUAGAUAUCAGUCCAGGCUCUAGCACUCACUAGCAUGUGACUAUGAGUCUAGGCCUCCAUUUUCCUCAUCUGCAAAAUGGGGAUAAUAAUAAUAUCCAGCGUUUACAGGGUUGCUGUAAAGAUUAAAGGAGAGGAUCCGUAUAAAGCACUGAGCAUACAUUAUUAGGCACAUAAUAAUUAUUUAUAAUUUUUCUCAUGUUAGUCAAUAAUGCACACAAAUCCUGUGAUAUAAAUUGAAAAAACUUCUACAUUUCUUGCCUAAACUAAAAUAUAUCAAAAGGAUAUCUAUAAUUAUUUAGAAUUCCUUACUAUGUAAUAUGCAACAAUAUUAAGAACAUAUAUAUAUAUAUAUAUUUACUACAAAAAGUAAUCUGUACAUUCCUAUUACCAAAGACCUCUGGAACAUCACUUUAUCUUUAAAAAAACGUUAAGAAACUGAAAGUUUUCA